ACUUCUGAUAGCGUCCUAUUACCAUUGGCGCCCGAAAUCGCGAUUUUGUAAUUCGUGGAUUUUUCCUAGAUAAAUCCACACGGAGAAUUUACUGAGAAUAGCACACGAUGCAGAAGGCGCGUCUCAGCAAGGGCACGCCCAAGGCAGCUGGCGGAGCCCGGCAGAGCGGCCAGUUUCGCGUACCGCAGCUAACUGCUCAGCAACAAUUGCGGGCGCAGCAAAAACAGGAGGAGGAGGACGCCGCCGCGGACGCGCUGGAUGAUGCACUGAUCUUCGACGACGAGGAGGGCGGCACCCGGAUCGGCGACAUAUACAUACCGCCUCCUGUGCCGCCGCAUUGCUCCAUGGAGAGCACCGGACCGCGCCUGAUCAUCUCGAAGAUUGUGAAUCGGAAUUUCAAGAGCUAUGCGGGCGAAGUGGAAUUGGGUCCCUUCCACCAGAGCUUCACUGCCAUCAUUGGACCCAAUGGCAGUGGCAAGAGCAACGUUAUCGACUCCAUGAUGUUUGUGUUUGGCUGCCGAGCCAAUCGCAUCCGUUGCAAGCGUGUCUCCACCUUGAUCCACUCCUCGUCUAGUUAUCCCAAUCUGCGUAGCUGCUCGGUAGCCGUCCACUUCAAGCAGAUCGUAGACAAGGGCGACGGCACAUGCGAGGACGUGCCCGACUCUAGCAUUGUUAUCGAACGCACUGCCAUGUCGGACAACUCUUCCUACUACCAGAUCAACGACAAGCGGGCGCAGCUCAAGGAUGUGGCUAAGCUGCUCAAGAAGCAUCAUGUGGAUCUGGAGCACAAUCGCUUCCUCAUCCUGCAGGGCGAAGUGGAGUCCAUUGCCAUGAUGAAGCCAAAAGGACAGACUGAAAAUGAAACAGGGAUGUUGGAAUACCUGGAGGAUAUUGUCGGAACGCAGCGCUACAUUCGCCCACUGCAGCAGAUUAACCAACGGGUUGAUCAACUCACGGACGACCGAACAGAGAAGCACAACCGCUGCAAGCUGGCCGAGCGCGAGAUGAAAGAUCUGGAGCAGCCGUUCAAUGAGGCCGUCGACUAUCUGAAGAAGGAGAAUGAACUGGUGCGCACCAAAUCCUUCCACAUCCAAAAGAUCAUCAGCAUCAAAAAGAGCAAGCUGGAGCAGUACACCCAGGAGCACGAAGCCUGUGCGGAAGAUCUGAAAACCCACGACGAGGGCACUGCUGCCCUGAAACAAUCGCGAGCCGAAAAGGAAACAAUCAUCCGAAAGGAAAUUGAAGCCUACGAAGCUCUAGUGAAGAAGCGCGAGCAGAUCAAGAAAAGACUUGUGACUGUUGAGAGUGCCUACACAGAGAUCCAGAGCACAAUGGAGAACACGAACAAGCAGCGCAAGAAGGACAAAGCACAAAUAGAAAAGAACGAAAAAGAGGUGGAGAAUCUGCACAUGUUGCCGGAGAAAAAUCAGCGCGAGAUUGAAGAUUGCAACAAGAAAUUGGAGAGCCUGGAAGUAAAUAAGGUGACACUGAAUGAGGAGCUUGAAAAGCAGCAGGCCGAGUUAACUAAAACCACUGCGCCGCUUACCGAGAAGCGCCUCAAGCUCAGUGACGAACUGGUGGGCCUUAAGGAGAAGGUCAACACGGCUAAAGGAGAGCUGCAAGUGUUCGAGUCGCAGCUCAAGAUCCUUAAACAGGCGGAGACCACUGAGUCAAGGAAAUAUGAAACCCUUAAAAGUUCGUACGAGCAGUCGCAGAAAAGUCUGGAGGAGAAAGUAACAAGGGUGGACGAGCUGAAAGAAAGCAUUCCACAGAUGAAGACCGAAAUUGUCAGCAAGUCCGCGGAAGUGGACAAAAUGGUUAAAGAGGAGCGCAACCUAUCCAUGCAGUGCAACAAACUAAGAACAGAGAUCAAUGAAAGAUCUAGCGUCAUGCAGGCUCAGCGAUCCAAUAACAAGGUCCUAGACUUCCUCAUGCGUAUGAAGAUGGAGGGCAAGAUCCCUGGUAUUCUAGGACGCCUGGGUGAUUUGGGUGGCAUAGAUGCCAAGUACGACAUUGCUAUUUCGACUGCCUGCGGGCGGUUGGACAACAUUGUUACGGACAACUAUGAUACCGCAUCGGCGGCCAUUGGCGCUCUAAAGGAGUACAACGUGGGCAGAGCCACCUUUAUUACGUUGGACAAGAUUGAGCACCAUCGUCGUGAUGCCAACUCCAGGAUAAAUACACCAGAAAACGUUCCUCGUUUGUACGAUCUGGUUAAGGUUGAAGAUGACCGCGUACGAACCGCUUUCUAUUUCGCCCUGCGGAACACACUGGUGUGUGACGAUCUAGAACAGGGCACCCGCAUCGCCUACGGCAGGGAACGCUACCGAGUUGUGACCCUACGUGGAGAGAUGAUCGAGAUGACGGGAACCAUGUCUGGUGGCGGCAAUCGUCCUAUACGCGGAAAAAUGGGUACCCAGGUGCGCACCAAGACGGCAGAAUCGGCUGACAGUUCGCAAAUAUCCCAGAAGGCAUUAGAAGACAUGCAGAUUCAGGCGGAGGAGCUACAGGCCCGCGUCAAUUAUUGCCAGGAACAGCAGGGCAGUCUUGAGCGCGAGAUUCAAACCCUGAAGAAUGGCUUGCAGCGUGACGAGGCGGAGUACAAGCGGCUGGCGGUGAGCAUCACUUCCCUGGAACAACAGAUGGCCAGCAACCUGAAGCAAUGCGAGGCGCAGCGGCAGCGAAUGCUCAAGAAAACAACAGACGAAACAGCAGUCAAGGAGCGGGAGGAGCAAAUAGAAGCAGCGAAGCAAGAGCUGGAACAAGCACAAUUCGCCGAACAAGCUGUUUCCAGCCAAAUCGAAGAGAUCCAGAACCAAUACGAUACCCUUAGAAACGAAAGUGUCAAGCCCGUGGAGGCCAAGAUCAAGAAGGUAAACAUCCAGAUCGAAAAACUGGCCUCCCACGUGCGGUCCUUGCAUGUGGGCUUGGCCACAGCAGAUCGAAAUAUAACGAAAAUCACUGGAAACACUAAUAAUCUCCGUGAGAAUAUAAAAACUGCAGAAGAAAAAUUGAAAUUGUUGAAUGAGGAUCGAAAGAAGGCUCAGGAAAAGAAAGAGGAGCUGGAAAAGGAAAUGGAGGAAUCGGAAGCGUCCAUCGAGGGCGCCAAAUCCCAAUCCUCCGAUACAAAAAAAGAAAUAGAUGAGAUCACCAAGGAGGAGAACAAACGAAAUAUCGAGCGCAUUGAAAUAGAUACUAAGCUACAAGCUGCAGCGGGAAGAAUGAACAAGGUGAAGAAUGACAUUCCCGGGUGGCAGGCUCAACUGGCGCCUUUGAAGCUCAACGAGAUUCCUGGAGAGACUGAACCACAAGCGCCACUCAAAGAACUCAACGAAGAAGAGCUGGAGGCAGAGACUCUGGAAGCCUUGCAAUAUAAGCAAACUAUGCUGGAGGAAGAUCUGAAAACAAAGAAGCCCAACUUGAGUUGCAUAAAGGAGUUCAACGAGAAGCGCUUAGUCUACCUCGAUCGCGUCCGUGUGCUGGAGGACAUCACCUCCAAGCGUAAUGAGAUGCGCGACAAGUACGAGGAAGUGCGCAAGCGACGGUACAAGGAGUUCAUGGAUGGCUUUAGCAUUAUAACGAGGAAACUGAAGGAAAUGUACCAGAUGAUCACACUAGGCGGCGAUGCUGAGCUGGAGCUGGUCGACUCCAUGGAUCCGUUCACCGAGGGCGUCAAUUUUACGGUGCGCCCGCCAAAGAAAAGCUGGAAAUACAUCUCGAAUCUCUCAGGCGGUGAGAAAACUCUCUCCUCACUGGCACUUGUGUUUGCCCUGCAUUAUUACAAGCCCUCUCCGCUGUACUUCAUGGAUGAAAUUGAUGCGGCGCUGGAUUUCAAGAAUGUGUCUAUAGUGGGGCACUAUAUCAAGGAACGUACGAAAAACGCCCAGUUCAUAAUUGUUUCACUUCGUGUCAACAUGUUUGAGCUGGCCAAUUUCCUAGUGGGCAUAUACAAGGUCAGCGAUUGUACGGACUCCAUCACUAUGCUGAACUAUCCGCCUACGCUGCCCACUCAGUCGCCGGUGGUCGCUAACAGCCAGUACGUGGGUGGAACGAUUGAGGGGGAUAACACGAUAGCUGGCGAGAACCAAGACGAUACCUCCACGGAGGAGAGCCAAGCCCCGCCGUCAGAGCAAAUAGUCCGCUUGAUUGGCGAGUUAGGGAGGGAUACCACAUUUGCGCCGCCCUUGGAAAGUACGGCCAGGGACACAAUACUCGCGCAAAAUGUUGAACAGGCCGCCACUGAGGUUGCUGCUCAACCGUCAGAUGCCACGGGAAAAGUAACCACGGAUGUGUCCCUAGCAAGCCCACCAUCUUCCCCACCCAUACUCAAUGUUUAACUCCAAACUACUUCAAUAUUGUAGAAUGUUUUCUUAUCUGGUAAAGGGGCAUGUUGUAAACUGCCUGGUAAUCUAAUUUCUGGUGAAGACCGAGACGUAAUU